AAACUAAGGAGAGUUCAACGGCCAGAAGAUGGUUCAGGAGGGUCCAGCCCCAGUGGGGUCUCUAAGAGCGAUGCCAAUCGAACAAGUAGCGGAGGAGGCGGAGGAGGACUAAUGGAAGAAAUGAAUAAAUUACUGGCAAAAAGGAGGAAAGCAGCGUCGCAGUCAGACAAGCCAGCUGACAAAAAGGAAGAGGAAAGCCAAAACGAUGAUGCUAGCACCUCUCCUUCACCCAGUACACGAGGUCCCACCCAGCAGCAGCAAAAUUCAUCAGACUCUGGGAAGAAGCCAUGGGAAAGGAGCAAUUCUGUUGAAAAGCCUGUAUCUUCAUUACUUUCUAGAAAUCCAUCAGUGGUGAAGAGCUGUGAAGCUAAGAGCCCCACACAAUCCCACGUGUCUUCUAGGAUGAAGCCAGUGAGCAGCAGCAAUGAUGUGGCUAUGGAUGCCUUAGAUUUUGAUCGAAUGAAACAGGAAAUAUUGGAGGAAGUUGUAAGAGAGUUACACAAAGUGAAAGAGGAGAUAAUUGAUGCCAUACGGCAGGAGUUGAGUAGAAUCAGUACAACAUAAUGAUUGCAAAGCAUUUGGACGGUACUAAGAAUGCUAGGAAGAUCGGAUCAUUUCUAAGUGUACCAAGGUCAUGCAAGAUGGUGAGAGAGGACAUCGGCACUGUCUUUGUUCUUAUACCCUUUUUAUUAGCAGACUCAGCACACUUUGAAGCUUGCUGCUGCCUUGGAUUUGCUUCAUUUUAAAAGUCUUAAUCUAAAGAAUAUUAAAUUUUAAAUUUCUGGAUUUUUUAGAUUUCAUCUGACACUGCACAUUGGAUUUGUCAGCCUUUUUUGUAUUUUGUAUUUGCUUAUUUAAAUGUAUUACCUUUCUUUUUAGUAGUAGAUAAGAACACACGUGAACCAUUUGCUUUUGAUAGAUGACUUCAAAGUAAUUUUACUAGUAGUCUGCAAUGUAAAUGAAGAUCCUUUGCCAACAGAAAUGUAUUGUGGCAUCACCAGAAGAAACAGAGACAUGUUAGUUGUCAGCCAACGAGUUCUUUGUCUCAGAGUUAUCACAGUAUAAAAAAAAUGGUACGUCAGUGCAUCACAGUAUCUGUGUUCAUAUUGGUAAUAAACUGUUUAUUGUCCACA